AUGACUCGACCAUCACCCGAACUCCUGGCCCUCAUAAAUGGCGAGCCGCUCAACUCGGAGCCUUCUACCGACCCUAUCAACCAAUCCUCAUCCUCAUAUCGACGCACCGAAUCUUCUAAUAGCGACCAAUCUGAAAACCCGGCCAUGAGAGCCGCUCGGGCGGUCAUUCAGAACGAACGCACCCAAACCUUCGGCUACAGCAAUAACUUCCACAGCACCUCCAUCUCGGCCGAACAGGAUGGACAUGCCACCAGUGCCCUGGACAAAGCUCUAGCGGCACGUUCCAAGUUCUUCCCGCCGUCGACGAUCCCUCACCCGAGCUUCGACAUCCUUCCCUCAUAUAAUUGCACCGUUCACUUCGAAGGGCCGCUGGCGCUCCGCCGUGAGCUGGCCAGUCCCUUCAUGCAAGCGUCUGCCGCCGCAUGGAUCCCAGUGUACGCUAUAUUGCACGGGACGGCCCUUCACCUAUAUCGGCACAAACCGCAGCGGGCUAAAAACAGUCCCGAGUUCGAUGGCCGCAUACAUCCUAAGCACGCCUCCACCCUUUCCGAGCACCCCAACCCCGAAGCAGGCUCCCUCCUCCGCUCCUUUUCCCUCCAGCACGCCGAGCUCGGCCUCGCCCUGGACUACCGCCCGGUAGUCCCCCCCCCGAUUUCCUCGCUGGUGAAGAUGCAGCUCCUGUUCGCCCCCGCCGCGAAAUGCGCCCAGAUCCUCACCGAGCAAUAUCGCGAGCAUCCGGAGCGCUUCGAGCCCCUGCGGGAGCACGUCUUCCGCGUCCGUGCCGAGUCCGAGCAGUUUCUCCUGAGCGCGGACAGCGAGCUGGAGAUGCUCGGGUGGGUGGAGACGAUGUGCCGAAGCGUGGAUAUUUCGCUUCCUCUGGAAGGUCGAAGUGAGCCGCGAGGACGGACCUUGCCGCGACGAGGCCGUCGGAUGCGGCUGCUUGAGGGCGAUGUGGAGUCCGUGGCGGCGGCAGCCGUCAGGGGAGCAGGGAAUGAUGGAUUUGCCCGACGACUGGUAGUGCAACAAGAGCGGUUGUUCAGGGAGAUGUACCCGCAUUUGGCCCGAACGUCGAGUGGACCAAACGCAGCUGCUAUGGAGGAGCAGGAGGAUGCGGUACCACAUGCGGAGGGUGACACGCACCACGAGGUGGACCCCGAUGCCGAAGAUCUGGAUGCGUCGGAUGUGCGUCUGACUCCGUCGACCAACACGAUAGCUGCCACAACGCCCGACAGCAGCGACCAUCGCCGUUCCACGAGCUUGACCACAUCAAUGACCUCCCAACACCCCUCCACGACCUCCCUCUCCGCAACCUUCCCCAACUCCAUCCCGGUCUCUCGCACCACGACCACCUCCGAGAAAUCCCCCCGCUCCCCCCCCUCUGAACGCCCCAACACCCACCCCACCCCCCGCUACCUCCGCCGCUGCGCUCCCAUCCUCUUCGCCCAUUCCCCCCGCGCCUGCAACGUCCUCCUCUACCGCGGCCGCCGCAUGAAGGUCAACACCCGCCGCGGCUGCCUCGAGAUCUGGGAGCCGAACCCCGGCAAGCACAGCCGCGUCGGCACAGACCCCGAAGACGCCAAGGAAAUCGUCGGCGAACUCCCCCCUGGCUACGAGGUCCUCUACGGCGCGACGAACCCCCAUCCCGCGCAGCCCGAGCGACGACAGCAACCCCGCCCCCGCCCGACCCUCCGCCGCAACGAGGAGAGCGAGCAGAGCGUCGGCGGAGACUCCAUCAAUGCAGAACCCGAACACGACGGCGGCGCGCACCCGGACUCCCCGCUCAUCGACGGCGUGGACGAGAUCGUGCCGCUGCGGGCGGUCACGUCGGAGGCGUCGGCAAAAGGCGGGAUGGCUGGGAAAGGGAAGGGGCAGCCGUUCUCGAAAGCGGGGAAGCAGAUGCGGAAGCACGCGAAAGCGGAGGCGAAGAAGGCGAAGCGGGCGAAGGGAGUGGAAGGGGGGGCGAUGGCUUAUAGCGGGAUGGGAAGUAUGGGGUACGGGGUGGUCGGGUGA